CUGUUGCGGAUGGUAUCCGGGCUUCGUGCAGGAUGUAAAGGUAAAAGGUCAACCUGUGUAACGUGUCACCAAACUGUCACUAGUACACCGGUGUCACGCCACCCCGCCGGCUGGUUCUGUCUCACGCACACACAUUAUCGGUACCCAGCUGGGCUCAACUUGGUGUCAAGAAAAAAUGGCUAAAAAGCGGAGAGAAAGACGAGAGACCGACGGCUUGUCCUCGACACAGGAGGAGGUGAAGGCGAGUGAUUCACAGGCACUGAAAGAGGCUCAGCAUACUGUGGGGGGCUCAGCACGCAUGUCUCUGCUGAUUCUGGUGUCUAUCUUCACCUGCUCUGCCUCAGUGAUGUACCUGGUUUACAGGAACUUCCCAGAGCUUCAAGAUGAUGAAAUGGAGAAAAUCAAGAUCCCUAAAGAUAUGGAUGAUGCCAAAGCUUUGGGAACUGUGCUGUCCAAAUAUAAAGACACUUAUUACACCCAAGUGUUGGUGGCCUACUUUGCAACAUAUGUUUUCCUCCAGACCUUUGCGAUCCCCGGAUCUAUCUUCCUCAGCAUCCUGUCUGGGUAUCUUUACCCUUUCCCCUUGGCUCUUUUCUUAGUCUGCUUGUGCUCUGGCCUGGGUGCUUCCUUUUGCUACAUGCUGUCAUAUCUGGUGGGCAGACCAAUGGUCUAUAAAUAUCUCUCAGAAAGAGCACAAAAAUGGUCCCAGCAGGUUGACAAGCAUAGAGAUCAUUUAAUCAAUUAUAUCAUCUUCCUGAGGAUAACUCCCUUUCUUCCCAACUGGUUCAUCAACAUCACCUCACCUGUCAUCAAUGUUCCUUUGGGGGUUUUCUUCAUCGGUACCUUUCUCGGCGUGGCACCUCCAUCCUUUGUAGCGAUCAACGCCGGUACAACACUGUACAAACUGACCACAGCUGGCGAGGCCGUGUCCUGGAACUCUCUGGCUGUGCUCGGUGUCCUCGCCGUGCUCUCGAUCUUGCCCGUCUGCUUCCAGAAAAAGCUGCAGAAGAAACUAGAAUAGAACGCUAUACACCUCAGCACCUCAUCCGCUGGCUGAUCAACUUCCCCAGGAAGUCGGCUCAGGAACGUGCAACUGUCACUCAAGUUGCGCUGCCUCAGUCUCAUACACAGCUUCUGGUGGGAGAAUCUCUGACCACUGGCACAACAAGCAACUCAUUGACCACAAAACGCAUGCAGUUGGUGGGUUGUUCCUGAUGUAAAGUAUAAACUGGCCGCUGUCUGCACAAGUUUUUUGGUUACUGUGACUCAUGUUGUUUAUUGUGGCACCUCUUGAAGUAAGAGAAAUUAGUUGUUGUUUUUUUUGUUUUUGUUUUAAAUUUAGGGCACUGCUUAUUGUGUGAUUGUUGCCAAUGAUUUAAAGGUGCUACUUGGAGGAUGUGGAAGUAAAACAGUCUGAUUUGGAUUUUUACCAGUUGUUUCAUAUGGACACUUUUCAUGAGGAAAAGUCUUUCUUUCAUUACUUGAUCAACUUUUACUAAUAGAUUUUCUUUGCAGCAGCAUAUCUAUUACCACAUCCUGUUUGUAGCAUCUUUAAGUCCCACUUCCUUUUUAAUAUAUUUAUUUUUAACUUUGCUCGUGUCUGAUUUCAGCCCUAAUGAAGUGUACCACCACAGCAAUAACUGUCACACUACUGCUGAAAGUUUUAAACAAAAAAAAAGUACAUUUUGAUACCUGGUGCUUGCCUUAGCAAACAUGUGCACUGUGAGGGAAGAAUGAAUCUGUGGAGAAGAAAAAUGUAAUGACAUUGUUGAGUUCACGUGUAACCACGUGUCACCUUGAAAGAUGCCCGGAUCCACUGCCGUACAACAGCCCCUUUCAUCUUCACUCAUUUCUGUUCACAUUUCUAGCCUAACGCAGCUCUUUGCACUGUAACUUGUAACUGCUGCAACAUUUCCUCACAACACAGCUGAUUUGUGUGGUAAGAUGCAUGCAACCCAGAAAACAGAAACAUUUUUGGUUUGUAAGUUUUGCAUAAGUGGUGAUAAUGUGUACACAGAUUGUGUGUCCAUCUCUACCCUAUUACAUUAUUCUCUAUUCCAGUAUAAAAGUGGAGAUCCCAUGGAUGAUAAACCAGCACCCUCAACAAGAUUGCUAACAGCCUGAGGUAUCCAAGCCAUACCUAUCUUGCUUCCAUUCUUCAAAUGUAUUAUGAUGCCUGAUUCAUGUUCUUAUUUUGUCUUCUUUAAGUUGUUUUAAAUGGCUAAUUGUGUUCUGUGCUAUAAAAACUUGCUGAUUUUUUUUUCAUUUAAAUGUUUUGUUGCUGGUGUACCGAGAAAACUUAUCACUACUGCUGCUUAAAAACUUCCUGGACGGUCAUCAGAGACGUUGAUGAGGUGAAUGUACAUGCAGGCAACCUAUUUCUCUAAUCUCUUAAAAUGGCACAGUCACAGUGGCAGUUGUUUUGGUGCAUUUUGACAUUUCCUGUUUUCACUUCGACGUCUUAUUGAACAGAUUUACUGUGCACUGCUUUACGAUUAACCUCUUCAAACCCCGAUUUGAAAUGACGACAUGAGCGUCAAUCCAUGUGAAAUUCUACUGUAUGAGGAUUCUAAUGUCUGAGCGUUUUCUUCCCAUGCUUUUUGUACCGCUUACUGGUUUAUGAGAGAGCUGCAUUUACACACCUGUUGUUUUGGAAAAUGCACUUAGGUCAAGCGGUAAAUGGUAUAAACUGGUCCUAAAGUUGUGUUUUCUGUCUUAAUAUUGAAUAGAGGUUAGUUUAACUUCUUGGAAGUUCUUCAUAAUGCUAAAUCUGCCAAGAUGACAAUACCUAUUCUAAACUUCACACUGAACAUAUAUACAAACUGGAUAUAAUAUUGCUAUUUCGUUCGUCCUAUUACCCUAUCAAAGAUAUAGUGAGAUUUUUGUGUAAGCCUCUGUUAACAUCAAAAGCAGUAUUAUUUUGUACUGAGCAGUGAUGUAUGAAGUGUGUAGAGAUUGCAAAUUUCUUUCUAAUCAAAUCUGUUUUGUUUUUUAAUCUAUUUAUUGUAUCAUUAAAAUUAUCUUUACAGAA